AACCAUGGAUUACAACGAAGAUCACUCAGAUUCUGGGCAUGGAGGACGAUGUAGUGGUAGAAUUUGUAUAUAAUCAGCUGGAAGAAAAGUAUAAGUAGAGACCGUUGGUGGGGCUCAACCCUAUUGUCCAAAUGGCAUUCGGAUGUGCUCCUCUCUACAUCCGAUUGGCCGCCUUUCUAUCAGCCGUCCAACGCUAGCCGAGGCGAGCUGGUAUAUCAACGUCGUCUUAGAACCACUGCUGAAACUUCAGCCUCAGCAGUUCGUCAGCUUCGUUCAUCGUCACCGGCGUGGUCGCAAUGAUCUCAUCGUCAUCGAGCCAGUGCUGUUCAUCUCGUCCUUAAACGGAGCUCUGCCCGAGGUCUUCUACCAUUCUGCAGAUGUCUGCCUUGCUGUAAUCGCAACGUCUACUAGCUGCAUCAACUGCCACCUUUGUGGCUACCUCCCUCAAGGUGAUUACCUGCCGAGGCUACACCUGCGAAAGCUGUGACAUAGCUUUCAACCAUCGACUGGCUGUACGCAGUCCAAGCUAUAGCACCGAGGAAUCAUCCUGUGCCUGGACAGGAUGUCUGGUCACCUCGCAAGGAUCUCACUGCAGCCGGAUCAUCCUGGAUGCAGAUUUCAUCAAUCUUCGUACCAUCCAUAAGGGUCUGAAGAAUCCAGGAAUUGCAGGUCUUUCAAUCCUAGACGCGACUCAAUCAUGGACCACGCCGGAGGUAUCUCUACUCGGUUUGACACUCUUUGUCAACGUCACAGUUCCCGGAUCCCCGAAAAAUGCAGAUCAACCUAACAGGCUUCCUGAAUGGCAGAAAUGCCCGGUCUUUUAUGGGUGAAUUAUGGGACCUUUUGGUCUCCGCUCAGGAAAGCGUGACGGGCAUUCCAGAGGCUUUCUUGCAACAGAAAAAAGAUCAGAUUAAAAAACGUUUGGAGGAGCAAGAGAAACUGCAAGCUUCGUUGGCAGAGAAGGAGAAGGAGAAAGAAAGGGAAAAGGAGAAAGAUGAAGCAGAGAAUAAGAUAAAGAAAGAGGACAAAGAACGUGGCUCGUCGAAGGAGCGAAGAAGAGAUAGAAGCAGAGACCGUGACAGAGAUAGAAGCAAACGAAGUCGAUCGAGAGAUCGACAUAGAGAUCGCGAUAGAUCAAGUCGCAAGCGACGAUCGUCCUCCAGGUCACCGAGCAAGAAUUCUGUGAAAGACAACGGAAAGGAAAUGCCGGAAGUAAAAAUUGAACGCGAGGAUUCACCUCAGCCUGAAAAUGCUAUACCACUAAUGCCUGUGAAGACUAAACCGGAAGCUGCUGUCGCGAUAUCCCGAUUGCAAGCGAAACUAAUGAGCAUCGCUGAUGGAAAGAAGAAGAACAAUCGCACUCCGUCACCGGAAGCACUGGAGAAAGCCAAAAAAUCCAGAUCAAGAUCCAAGUCUCCAGUAAAUCGCUCCAAAAAGUCCCGAUCGAAAUCACCGAGUCGCGACUCGAAGACCCGGCGGUCUAGAUCGCUCACAUCCAAAUCAAGGCGAUCUCGUUCGAAAUCAAGAUCUAGGCGAUCCAGGUCUAGAUCAAAAUCCAGAAGAUCGAAGUCUAGGUCGCAGGACCGUUCUAAAUCGAGACGCACGAAAUCCAAGUCGCCAAGAUCGCGCUCAAGGUCUCGUUCACGAUCUAAAAAAUCAAGAUCCAAGAGCAACGACCGAAGUAAGUCUAGAAAGUCAAGGUCUGAUUCGAGCGACUCCAGAUCGUCGAAGUCCCGCUCGAAAUCGCCCGAUAAGAGAAAGGAUAAUCUCGAUUCCAACAGGAAGCGAGAUGCAAGCACAAGUAGUAGCUCUGAAUCGGAGGAAGACAAGGGCGCAAAAGAUAAGAAUGAUUUCGAGAUUAGAAAGAAGAAGGAUGGAGUGCAGGCUAAGAGAUCCUAUAGAAAGACAAAUAAGGAUGACAGUGGUAGCGAGAGUGACUCGAGUCGGGAACGGAAGUCUGUGCCUAAACGACGGAGUCCCACGCCGAGGAAAGACAGAGGUCGAUCCAAGGAUAGAGACAGAUCAAGGGACAGAUCGCGGGAUAGAUCGCGAGACAGAUCGCGCGACAGGUCUCGAGACAGGAACAGGAGGAGAUCUAUCGACAGGGAACGCGAAAGAAGACGUGAACGGGAACGUGAAAGGGAGCGAGAAAGGCUGGACAGAUACAGCGGUAGCCGUAGCAUGCGGCCUCCAUCUGUGCGCAGAGCACCUAGCAGGAGGAGCCCUCCGCGUCGAAGUCCGGCAAGAUAUCGACGAAGAUCGCCUAGCCCUGGUGAUAGACGCAGGAGAAGAUCCCUGGACCGUAGGCGUCGAUCGUCGGAGAGGCGAGACAGGCGUCGAUCUCCGGAUCGUCGUGACAGCAGGCGUCGCUCGCCGGACGGCCGGGAUCGAUCCCUCAGGUACGAUAGAUCUUCCUCGCGCGACAGAUCGAGUAGGCGAGACCGUUCCAGAGACAGGGACAGGAGGGAUAAAGAUCGAAGAUCUAGAUCUAGGGACCGUAGAUCUAGAUCGAAAGAUCACCGUUCGUCGGUGGAUCGUUCAAGAGACGAAAAACGAUCUCCCGAUCGUUCACGGGACGCUAAGGAGAAGCCGAAGGAGAAGAAGGUGGACGAAAAAGUUAAAAAAUCAACAGAUACGGAAUCGCGAAAAGAAUUGCGAAACGGAAGGUCUAAGUCGAGUAGCUCGGAUAGUAGCGAAAGUAGUUCCUCUAGCAAUGAGGAUGAAGCGAUCAGAAAAUCGCUUGAGCGGAAAUCCUCUCAAGAGAAACGGGAGCACACCGAUGACAAACGUAAAGAAAAAGAGAAGAACGUCAAAGAAGAACCGAUCAAACGACCUGAGAAAGACAUGAAGAAAGCGGAACCCACAUCCAUCAAGAAACCAGACCCCAGCGUUUCUCCAAAGAAACUUCAACCUACCACUCUCCCUGUUACCAGGCACAGAUUUUCGAAGAGUUUAUCUCGCACGCCCUCGCCGUUUAAAAAGACUGAAGAUAUUAUAGCUGCAGUUAAAGUUAAACAACCUUCGAAAGAAGAUCACAAAGAAGAAUCACCAAAAGAAGAAUCGAGCUUCACCUCCGGGGAUGCCUUCCCUUUGAAGAAGGACGAUAAAUCGAUAAAGUCGAUCAAAGCGGUGGCAGAUGAGAAGAAGUCAGGUCAAAAGACAAUAGAGCCUGCCCUCAUAAAGAAACCCACGGAAGUGGUCAAGAAAUCGAAAAGAGAAAAACGUGACGGCUCUACUGAUUCAAACGAUAGCGAAAGUGAAGGUAAGAAAAAGACAAGGAAGUUGGAAAAAUCUAGGAAAUCUAGGAAAGCAUCUUCGGACGAUGAGAAAUCUGAUAAAGGCGGUUCUAGUUCAGACUCUGAGGAGGAGAGAAAACACGUGGAGAAGAGUAAGAAGAUUAGAGAUACGAAUCGUGGAGAUUCAUUGGACGAACGUGCCAAGGACAAGAAGGAUAGCAGGAAGCGUGAUACUAAUGAAAACGAGCCACGUAAACGAUCAAAGAAAGAGACGGAAGAGGAAACCAAGAAAUCAAAGAGAUCAAGAAAAGAUUCGUCUUCGGGUGAUGAAGAUCAAAAAACAAAGAGGGGCAAGAGCGAUGACGAUAGGUCCCGGUUGCGGAAAUCUAAGAAAGAUUCUAGUUCGGACGACGAGCCAAAAAAGACUCGAAAGAGGAGAGAUAGUUCCUCAGAGGAUGAAAAAUCCAGAUCACGUAAAUCAAGAAAAGACUCGACAAGUGAAGACGAAGGAAAAGUCCGCCCAAAAAAAUCGAAACGUGAUUCAAGUACAGAUGAUGAGGAAACGGGAGAAAAGGAUACGAAAAAGAAGAGGAAAGCCGAUGAUAGUUCGGAUGAAGAAAAAGUGAAGAAGAAACGUAAAAAGAAGACUAAAACCAGUACUAGUGAAUCGGAGGAGAGUGAGGUUGAGGAGAAAAAAAAGAAGAAGGAUAAAAAGCAUAAGAAACACAAAAAACAUAAAAAACACCGAAAACACAAAAAGAAGAAGGUUGCGGACUCUGAUGAAUCUGAUGUAAGUGAAGGAAAUACUGAGGAACUGGAGAAAAAAUUACGAGAAAAGGCAUUAAAGUCGAUGAAAAAGGGACAUAGUAUAGAGAGAAGUGAUUGAGAGAUCGCAUGAUUUAUUAAGAGGCGUGUGUAAUGUGUGUAUACCUCUGUAAUGCAAUGCACUUGCACUAACUGUAUCACCAAUGCGUUUUCGUUCAUUUUUAACGAUAAUAGGACUUUAUCAUACCACAAUAUUCUCUUAUGCAAAACGAGAUUUGACAUCCUUGAAAGUUCAUUUGAGAAAGUCCUAAUUUUUACGAAACUUACGAUUACAAAGAGAAUCGUAACAAGUUGUUCUUUUUUUGAUUUAGCGAAGUGGAAAUAGUAUAAUAUAUCUUAUUGUAAUAGGGACAGUAAUUUCUUGUGCCACUUUAAUGUACGAUUUUUACAUUUUUCAAGACGUUGAUACGACCGAGUAAGAAGGUAUCAGCGUUAGUUCAGAAGUUAAUUUUUGUGAAUUAUUGUUCAUUGUAUAGUGCGAUGGAUUUAGUUAGUAAAUCUAAUUUGUGUAAAAAUAAGUUUUAAUCAACUUAUCUAUAUUAAAACAAAAAAAGAAUAAAUUACGUCUUAAAGAAAA